GAGUCUCCCCGACUAACACUCUCAUCGCUUUCCCCAAGCGCCGCCACUCCCCGCCGCCCUUACUACCGCAGCCCCCAUUUCCCAUUUUUCUUUUCUGGGCAACCGAUUCAUUUUCAAGUUGGUUGGUUGGUUGGCUUGCUUACUUGAAUUCCUUUCCGGGGGCUGUGUGGGUGGAAAGAGUUGCACAUUUGUCUGUCUAAGCACUUCCUGGCAUAAAUUCUUCUAGUUCAUUUAUUAGUCGAAAUUUCUUCAUUAGUGGGAGAUCAAUUAAUUUGUUUACUAAAAUAUCAUUCUUUCAUCUUAAUUUAAUUUACUAUGGCGGCACCAUUGUACUUAUCUGGAGUGAAAACUCUGGACAUGUCUUUCUCCAAGAGCACUUGCUGCUGUCAACCUAUUCCGAGGCAGCAGCAUCUUCAUUUUGCCGUAUCCCUGCCUUCAGUCAUUGGUCCGUGUUUGCCGCUGAAUGGCUUAUCCCAAACUCUAGCGCUGAGACUCAGAUGUGCGGCUAGCAAGGUUGAUGUACUUGAAAUGAAUGAUACUCUAAGCCAAGAUUCCGACCAAAGUGCCAAGGAGUUGACAUGUGUCAUGAAGUUUGGUGGUUCAUCUGUUGCUUCUGCAGAUAGAAUGAGAGAAGUGGCUGACCUCAUUCUCGGCUUCCCAGAAGAGAGGCCGGUCAUUGUUCUUUCUGCCAUGGGGAAAACUACCAACAAGCUCUUACUGGCUGGAGAAAAGGCUGUCAGUUGUGGUGUUUCAAAUAUCUCUGAUCUUGAAGAAUUGGCCUUCAUCAAAGAAUUGCAUUUGAGGACUGCAGAGGAGCUUGGUGUAGAUAAAUCGAUUAUAUCUAAACACCUCUCUGAGUUGGAACAACUUCUGAACGGAAUUGCUAUGAUGAAAGAGAUGACUCCAAGAACAAAGGACUACCUAGUCUCUUUUGGGGAGUGCAUGUCUACAAGGAUUUUUGCUGCCUAUUUAAAUGAAAUUGGUGUAAAAGCUCGCCAAUAUGAUGCCUUCGACAUAGGUUUCAUAACCACUGAUGAUUUUACAAAUGCGGAUAUUUUGGAAGCAACCUAUCCGGCUGUUGCGAAGAGAUUGCACGGAGAUUGGAUUAGCGAUCCUGCUAUUCCUAUUGUGACUGGCUUCCUUGGAAAGGGUUGGAGAACUUGUGCAGUGACCACACUGGGAAGGGGCGGUAGUGAUUUGACUGCCACAACAAUUGGUAAAGCAUUGGGGUUAAGAGAAAUUCAGGUGUGGAAAGAUGUGGAUGGUGUUUUGACGUGUGAUCCUAAUAUAUACCCUCGUGCAGCGCCAGUGCCCUAUUUAACUUUUGAUGAGGCAGCUGAACUUGCUUACUUUGGUGCUCAGGUCCUCCAUCCACAGUCCAUGAGACCUGCUAGGGAGGGCGACAUUCCUGUGCGCGUGAAGAACUCUUAUAACCCAAAAGCUCCUGGGACCCUUAUUACCCGAAGAAGAGAUAUGAGCGAGGCGAUCCUAACUAGCAUUGUCUUGAAACGGAAUGUCACAAUGUUGGAUAUCGCUAGCACUAGAAUGCUUGGUCAAUUUGGUUUUCUUGCUAAGGUAUUUUCAACGUUUGAGGAUUUAGGCAUAUCGGUGGAUGUUGUUGCAACUAGCGAAGUGAGUAUUUCCUUGACGUUGGACCCUUCCAAGCUCUGGAGUAGAGAACUGAUCCAGCAGGCAAGUGAACUAGAUCAUGUGGUGGAAGAACUAGAAAAAAUUGCAGUAGUAAAUCUUCUCCAGCACAGAUCUAUAAUUUCUCUGAUUGGAAAUGUUCAGAGAUCCUCACUCAUUCUAGAAAAGGCAUUCCAUGUGCUUCGGGCAAAUGGUGUGAAUGUUCAAAUGAUAUCGCAGGGAGCUUCAAAGGUGAAUAUAUCGUUGAUAGUGAAUGACAGCGAAGCAGAACAAUGCGUUAGGGCUCUUCACUUUGCUUUCUUUGAGAGCGAUCUAUCAUCUGAACUAGUUCCAGCUACUACUACUACUAAAUAUGCAUAAAGAAUCAUCUCAUGGAUAUGCAUGCUAACAUACCACCUGGGUUGUGUUGUAGGGUAUUUUUUUUUUUAUUUUUUUUGUCUGCAGUUGGUUUUCAUUAGUAAUGUAAGACACGAGAAAAACUAUUUUCUACUCUUAAUUAUUCUUUCCGAUUUUGUAACUCUUAUAUAACAUGCCAAAGUGUAGCAAUGAGAAUGGUUAUUAUUAUUACUGAAACGCUAUUCAUAGUGCAACUUUUACCGCCUUGCAGUGCGAUUUA